AGUUUGUCCCUCCGCGGCGCUCGUCAGGGCGCGGGCCGACAUGGCGGCGCCCAGCUGGUAGCUCACGUGGCUGGGGCAGAGGCGGCGGCGGCGGCGGCGGCGGCUCGCCGGGGAGGCGCGGAGGGGUCCGGCCCGGCCCGGCCCGGCCCGGCCCGGCGGCAUCAUGUCGGGCCGCCAGGGUAACAAGCUGCCCAGCAACCUGCCCCAGCUGCAGAACCUCAUCAAGCGGGACCCGACGUCUUACAUGGAGGAGUUUCUCCAGCAGUAUCACCACUACCAGUCCCACGUGGAGAUUUUCACGUUCCAACCAGACAAGCCUAGUAAGGAGCUGGCUGAACUGGUGAUGUUUCUGGCACAGGUGGCCCACUGCUACCCAGAACACAUGGCGAACUUUCCACAGCAACUGAAAGAACUGCUUUCUUAUCACCAUACGGUCUUGGAUACAGAUCUUCGAAUGACAUUCUGUAAAGCUUUGAUCUUGUUAAGAAACAAGAAUCUAAUAAAUCCAACGAGUUUGCUGGAACUCUUCUUUCAACUGCUACGGUGUCAUGAUAAACUUCUACGAAAAACUUUGUAUACUCACAUCGUGUCGGACAUCAAGAAUAUAAAUGCUAAACAUAAAAACAAUAAAAUAAACACAACACUGCAGAACUUCAUGUACACUAUGUUGAGAGACAGCAAUCCCACUGCUGCCAAGAUAUCUCUGGAUGUCAUGAUCGAACUUUACAGAAGGAAUAUUUGGAAUGAUGCCAAAACAGUAAAUGUUAUCACAACUGCCUGCUUUUCCAAAGUGACAAAGGUAUUAGUUGCUGGUUUGAAGUUCUUCCUUGGGAGAGAUGAAGAUGAGAAUCAAGACAGCGACUCAGAAUCUGAGGAUGAUGGCCCCACAGCCAGAGAACUGAUGGUGCGGUAUGCAACUAAUAAGAAAACCACCAAGCGCAAGAAGAAACUGGAGAAAGCCAUGAAGGUCCUCAAGAAACAGAAGAAGAAGAAAAAGCCAGAAGUGUUCAACUUUUCUGCAAUUCACUUGAUUCAUGAUCCCCAAGACUUUGCAGAGAAACUGCUGAAGCAGCUGGAGAACUGUAAAGAACGAUUUGAAGUGAAGAUGAUGUUCAUGGACCUCAUUUCCAGGCUAGUUGGAAUACAUGAGCUUUUUCUUUUUAACUUCUAUCCCUUUGUUCAGAGAUUCCUACAGCCCCAUCAGAGAGAAGUGACAAAGAUUCUUCUGUUUGCUGCACAAGCUUCACAUCAGCUAGUACCACCAGAGAUUAUCCAGUCGGUGUUAAUGACUAUAGCGAACAACUUUGUCACCGACAAGAAUUCUGGGGAGGUUAUGACUGUGGGAAUCAAUGCAAUAAAAGAAAUCACUGCAAGAUGUCCUUUAGCCAUGACUGAAGAUCUGCUCCAAGACCUUGCUCAAUACAAGACUCAUAAAAAUAAAAAUGUGAUGAUGUCUGCAAGAACUCUGAUACACCUUUUCCGUUCACUGAAUCCAGAGAUGCUGCAGAAGAAAUUCAGGGGUAAGCCUACUGAGGCCUCGUUGGAAGCCAGGAUCCAUGAAUAUGGAGAGCUGGAUGCAAAAGAUUAUAUUCCAGGAGCAGAAGUACUGGACGUUGACAGUCAAGAGGAAAAGGGAGGAAAUGAAGAGGAAGGUGGGUGGGAAAGUGCUAGUCUAAGUGAGGAGGAAGAUGAUGAAGAUGGGGAAUGGAUUGAUGUGCACCACUCUUCAGAUGAGGAGCAGCAAAAAGUAGCAGAGAAGAUCAAAAGCAUGCCCUUAGAGGAACGAAAAGCCAAAGCAGCAGCGGUCAGCACAAGUAGGCUGCUAACUCAAGAAGACUUCCACAAAAUACGCCUUGCCCAGCUCUCCAAAGAGCUCAAUUCUGCACCAGGAAAAGCUGCAAAGAGGAAAAACAUUGAAAUAGAUGAUGAAGAGGAGAGCAGGGGAGAGUUGCUUUCACUCAGAGAUAUUGAACAUCUGCAUAAAAAGCCUAAAUCAGACAAGGAGACCAGACUGGCAACUGCAAUGGCUGGAAGAACAGACAGAAAAGAAUUUGUGAAAAAGAAAACUAAAAUGAACCCAUUUGCCAGCUCUACCAACAAAGAAAAGAAAAAGCAGAAAAACUUCAUGAUGAUGAGAUAUAGUCAUAACGUCCGGACAAAAAAUAAGCGUUCUUUCAGGGAAAAACAGCUGGCUCUUCGAGAUGCACUUCUGAAAAAGAGAAAACGACUGCUGAAAUAAUGAACAGUAAAGGACAGGAGUAUUGCGUAUACAGGACAGACCAAAGAAGCCUUAAUCCUUACAAGAUUCUGAUUCUGAAAGCUUUCUAGGAAACAAGGCAGUUAUCUUUUAUUGAAUUUAAAUUCAAUUUCCAGCUAACUGGUUUUGUAUGUGUAAGUAUUAAUUAAAAUAUACAAUCUUGUAAAAAUAUUUUACUUGAAGCAGUUGAUGGUAACUGGAAGGAAAUUUAAUCUUCUGUAUCAGUCCAGAAAAAGUGUGUGUGUGUUUGUAAUGUCUAUGCCCAUCAUAUGACUGUGAUUUCACAGACUUUAAAAAAAAAAAAAAAAAAAGGGGGGGGGGAGACCAUUUUCUGAGUGGUCAUUUUCGCCUGUUGAAUAGUAAAUUUAUAUUUUAGCACAGUAAAUUCAAACAGUUGAUGGGAAGAACCAUUUUACUAUAAUGUAUGAGAAAAGAAUAAGAGUAUAUGGAGAGUUUUUCAUGUUUCCAUUUAAAUAGAAAGGUAGUUAUGCAAGCAGAAAACUAAGGAAUCUUGUUUUCCUAUAUUUGUGCAUCUUGUGAUGUGACUUGCUGGUGUUUUUGUGGUUUUGUGGUUUUUGUGUGUGGGGUUUGGGGUUUUUUUGUUUUUUGGGUGGGUUUUUUUUUUUUAGUAUGCUUGAGAAAAACAUGGAUCUGUAAUGUGGAUUCUCUGGUUUAUACUAAAGGUUGAACUCCUGCUUCAGCCUUUACCUCAGCUGGGACCAUGAAUGAGUUCUCUUUCCCUUACCCAGCCACCUGCUUUCAUGCAGACUUUGAGGAAAGGAAUUUUGUCAAAUUCUGUUAGAAACUGAUUUCCUUGUGGGACAGAAAUGGAUGUCAAUGCACAGUAUAAUGGAAAAGCAUUUGGUUUUUUUAGGAAGGGGUUAAUAUUUAUAUCCUACACCAGAAUUCACUUCAUGCAGGUGUCUGCUUGUUGUGUUGAAUACCAAAUGAGACAUCAAUUGCUUUUACCUUGGAAUGCCCUUUUGCUUGCAGGACCUGAACAGGGCCUGCUUUGUCAAUUUUGAUAUGAAGAUGUUUAUAUUUAGAGAAAGUCAUUUUCAUUCUUA